AUGAGCUCCAAGGCUGUCGCAGAUGCUCCUAUACAAGUUUUGUAUCCACGUCGUCUCCAAAUCUUCCAUUCGCCAACUCUGGAGACGGCAAUGGUUGGUACCAGUAAACUCGGCGGCUUAGGACUCUCCAUGCUCGCUUGUCUUGUCGUUGCUCCAAAUGUCGCAUUAGACCAGACCAAUCCCAUCUGGAUGGCCCCUGCCGUCGUCACCAUCUCCGCAGCCGUCCUCCCCCUCCUCCAUCUUCUGACGAGGCCCUUCGUGACCAACAUCUUCAUCGAUGCACCAGCCUGGGCCCGCCGCUCAAAAGAAUCCCUGGUAUCAUGGGCGAGACAGCUGCCUCCGGAUACCGCCAUGGAGAUCGAAACUCUAGGCUUGCUCCCCUGGCCCAGAACAAAAGUCUUGCGAGUAUCAGAGCUGAGGCUACGCACUGAAGGCUACGGUCGCCUGGCCAACCUCGAGCAGGUCACUGCAGUCGACAAGACUAGCAAAGUGCCCAAGCCCAUGAGGUGGUCGCUUCAACGCUUCUACGCCCGCCCUGUCGAGUCGCGCUGGAAGAAAAGCCGUGCUCCUGAAGUCUGGCCCUUGGUCUUCGAGGCCAUCAGUAGAAAUACUGUGGGUGCCAUGUCGAAGGGCAAGGCCUCAACACCUGUAGGUGCAGUGCGUCCAGUCCGACCAUCGAUGCCUGUCGUGCGGAGAAAGAUGCCACCUCCUUCCUCUACGCCCACGCCGACAGGUAGACAGAACGUGCGCAAGAGAUAG